CGAAGAUCAGCUCGAAUACGAAAACAGCACCGAGGAUGAUGAUCAAGAUGGGAUAGGACUUGUAGAAAUGCAUAUAAAGGCUUGAAGGGUUCACCUUGUUUAUGGUCUCUCAUCUCCAUCACCAUCAUCACCUUCACACAACAAGCCUUCAAGCUAACAGCUAUUCGAUCUCAUCAACCAAGCUCCUCAGUCUUAUAACUAUUUUCUAGCUCGCAAGUAUACAAAAUGCGUACCUCUUUCUUCAAGGCCGCAACCUUUGCCCUUCUCGGGCUUGGUAACGUCUUCCCUGGCGUUCUAGGUGCCCCGACUUCUACCGAGGUCGAAGAACGCUCCGACACGCUGAUGGCUAGGGCCAAGGAAGUACCAGAUAUCACCAAGCAGGGUUACAAGGUCGACGAGAACCCUGGUCUACCAACGAAGAAAACCUACAAGGUCACUACUGAGCACUACAAUGGCCAGCUCGACCUGAUCCGAGUCGAGACCCGUAAUAACCUAGUUGCCGUCUUGGACGCCAACAACCAGGACGACAAGACUCCCAACCGAGCCAAGCUCCGUGACAUCGUCAUGUACGUGUACUCGGUGAAGGGAAACCUAAAGCCCGAGGGGAUCCAGAAGGUCCGCUUCGAGACCGUCGUGGAGAAGACCACCCACGCCGCCAUCAAGGCUGCCUACGAGAAGCUAGGCCAGACCACCGGCGACUUUACUGUCACGAGCAGCGACACCGACAAGAAGAAGGAAGUCUUCGUCAGCCUCUCCGGUACCCCCUUCGGCAAGAUUGCUGGCAGCUACCACACCGACUACAACGCAGGUCAGAUCAAGGAGAUCAAGAUCGAAAACAGCCCGACCCUCCCCCAUAUGGAGGUCCACCUGGGCUAAGGGGGCUAUGCAUGAUGUAUUUUUGAUAUGUACAUAAUUUGUAUGGUAUACAUGUGCAUGGAUUGGAUAUACGGGUUACGCUCAGCACAUCGGGGCUGGGGUUCAGACAUAGCAUGGCAUGGCAAGGUUUUCUUUAGGGUUCCCUUCUUUUUUAUCAGCUAGUAGCUUGUCACUCGU